UUAAACAUGGUUUAGUGUCUCGAGCGUAUAGUUGCGUUUAAGUUUAUUUUUGUCAGGUUAAAAGAUACAAACAAGACAAACACGGGUAUGCGGAUAAAUAAUAAGCGUUUUGGGAUUUAUGCACCUGCUUAAUGAUCUUUUUCUGUGAUGUUCCGAUAUCAGGUCAUGCCAAACAUAUAUACCUUUCUUGCUACGUGCGUACUGAUAGUGUCGCCAGUUCAAACAGCCGCUCCAGUGUUUAGUAAUCCCUCCUUGGGUCACCAACAGACUUCAUGCUUUGAAAAUAUUGCCUCGUCAUCAAGCAUAUACCGAGUGUCCGCCACUGACGCUGAUGGAGAUACUGUUACUGUGGCGAUUCACAGCCAGAACCCAUCAGAUCCUCCGUUCCAAAUAACAAAAGCAAUUAUUGGAUGGAAUCUGAUGACUCCAUCAUUGACUACGAUCGACCGAGAAACUACACCGACGUUUACAUUUGUUUUUAGUGCCACCGGUGGUAAUGAUACUGUACAAAGCGUUGCGUUGACCUUAAUUUUAACGGACCUGAACGACAACAGCCCCCAGUUCACCGCCAUCUCUUACUCAGCUUCUGUCUACGAUACAGCGUCUGCUGGUGCAGUCAUAUUAACAAUACAAGCAACGGAUGCGGAUGUUUCUCCAUCUAUUGCGUACAGAAUAACAGCGGGCGAUGUCGCAGGCACGUUCUCUAUCGAUCUAAACACUGGAGAACUGAAACUUAACACACCUGGCAACCUCAACUCAGCAAGCACGCCCACUUAUAGCCUUACCGUACAGGCCUCUGACGGUGCAAAUACCAACACCACUACAGUGACCAUACAUGUUUUAGAUGACAGAUGCGUUCCUCAGCCGUGUCAAAAUGGCGGUACAUGCACCAGAAAUGAAACUGACUUUAUUUGCGCAUGUGUAAGCGGCUGGAUUGGAGACACGUGUUCACAAGAUAACCCGUGCAUACCGAAUCUGUGUCAGAACGGUGGCACAUGCACUAUUGCUGGGUCCACGUAUAAUUGCACGUGUACUUCUGGAUACGAGGGAUUAAACUGCACAACAAUUGUUACAACAACAACAACAACCACAACAACGACCGCAGCUACAACCUCUAUAACUACUCCCAAACCAGAUUCUCAAGACUUGGUAGUGAUAACUGUAGUUUCAGUCACAACAGUAGCUGUAGUCAUUACAGUGACAAUAGCAAUACUAGUGUAUAUUCGUAACAACAAACGUUAGGGAAGCAGUAAAAAAGUGGUUCCUAAACAAAGUGAGAAAACUGAGGUUUCCAAAAAUAGUUUCCAAAACUACAGUCAAAGUAUUGAAACGACGUAGCAACAAACUGUUCAAACACAUUGAUACAAAACCAUGGCAAUUUUAAGUCUUUACUUACUAACUUCAGUGAGUUGAAAAAAGCUUUGAACAAUUACUUUUAAGGCAUAAAGUUGCGAAAGAUAAGGAUGGAAUUAAUGUACAUAUAUUUCAGAAAAUAUUUGUGGUGGAAACAUGUACUAACACGGAAGCUACUAAACAUUUUCCGCUAGUUUAUUUUAACAUGUGCCUCCGGGCAAACCUAAAGCAGCGCUCGACAAGAAGAAAUCAUGAAGCCGUCAGCUGCAUAGCUUACAAGCAUCUCGGAAUUACGUUUUGCCUAUAUGAAGUAUCCCUAAUGAAACAGAGCUAUUCAAAGGAAAUCCUAUCCAAAGCCCCCGAAUCCAUUACAGUGAACAGUUUUACGGUCAAUUUUAGCCCGACUAAUCAUGGUCAUCGACUACAUCCACUGCAUACUAGCAGAAUGACCAGAGUCAACCGAAUAAUAUAGAUACUCAAAGGUGUGCUUGCUGGUAAACAUGCCUGCACAUGUGUGACUAAAGGCGACUUGUUCACAUUUAAUAGUAUUUUUGUAAAUGCCAUUAUGUUUGUUGACUAACAAAUCUAUAAUGACUUUAUAGUUUAAGCAAAUAAUAAAUGUAGCAUUUCAACGUUUAUUCAUUGUUUUAGAAAAGUUCAUCGCCAUAUUAAAUUGUUAAUAUGAAAAAUUUGUAAUUCACAAUACACGGAGGUUGUUUUUUUGUAAUAUAAAACUUAUUUAGGAACAGAAACGUUUUAUGUUCCAAAACAUGGAAACUAUAUUAUUGAACAACGUGGGAGCAAGACAGUAAAAAAGGUCGAACUAGUAAUUGUUUCUUAGAUGUUUUAUUAAGUGUUGAUCAAAGCCGUAAAAUAUAUAACACUGUGACGAUCGAAUGAAUUCAUUAUUGUCACUUUGUACCCAAACUAGGUUUUCAUUUAUAACCCGAAGAAUCAUCAACGCUCCAUAGAACAUACUUGCCCCAAACUCAUUGGAAAGAAAAAUGCAAGUAUUUGUUUGCGCAAAUACACAAUGAAUUAAGUAUCUUUUCACUUUUCAAUUUUUCGUUUGUAUUGUUUGUUUCGUACCGACAUAUAUUACAUUUACAAAACAUUUUUCUUUGAAUAUCUCUACUGGAUUUACUACAUCAUUCACAAGCCUCUUGAAAUUGUUGUUAUAUUUGUGUUAUAAGUAUCUGAUGAGCAUGGUUUUAUGAUGUUUUCUUGACAUGUUGCCCUUUCUUGGUAGUAGCAAUUACCUUACGCAUCAGCAUGUUGGUAAUGAGUCUGGAUUGAAGUUCAGAUUCAAUGUACCUGUUGGUCGUAAAACAUAUCCGCUACUAUAGCUCAAAUAUCCAUUGAUGUCUCCAAGCCAAUAUUAGCUAACUUUAUGUUCACAGUUUUUAUCGUUCUCUGGUUCUGUAUUGUGCUUUCAUAUAUACAUUUAUCACAUACCAUACCCUGUUUCCCAUGUAAUAUAACCAUUACGAAUAUUUUUUUAUCACAUGCAAUACCCUGUUUCCCAUGCAAUAUAACCAUUACAUUUUUUUUAUUUCACAUGUGUAAUACAACAUUUUAAAGCGUUUUUAUUGGCUUAGUUUUCGUUUAUUGACCGAUCGCAUUUUGUUAUUUUGCUGAAAUGACGUUGAAACGUCAAAGGACGUCACGAAAUGUAAAAAACAUUCGGAAUUUAUCAUUAUGUUUGCGUAAAUAUUUAUCUUAUUUGCUCAUUUAAACGCAUGUGAUAAAAAAGAUUUGACACUUGUUGUCAUAUCAUACCAUAUUUUAUUAUUUAGGAAAGGCUCGCUUACUAACAAAAUUCCUGAACUCGUUUAAUAAAAUAUGGUAUGAUAUGACAACUCGUGCCAGAUCCUAUAUAUCUCACACAUAUGCAAUAUACUUUUAAGGCGUUUUCAUUGGCUUAUUUUCAUUCGAUUGACCAAUCACAUUUUGCUAUUUUGCUGAAAUGACUUUGCCACGUCAAAUGACGUCUUGAAAUGUAAACAACUUUCGGGAUUUAUCAUUAUGUUUGCGUUAAUAUUUAUUUAGUUAGCUCAUUUAAAAGCAUGUGAUAAAAAAGAUCUGACACUUGUUGUCAUUUCAUACCAUAUUUUAUUAAACUCGUCCAGGAAAUUCGUUAGGCUAACUAACAAAAUUCCUUAACUCAUUUAAUAAAAUAUGGUAUGAUAUGACAACUCGUGAAAAAUCCUGUAUAAAAAUACACAAAUAUUAAAGGGUCAAUUUUGGACGAAAUUAAAGCCCAUUCUCCUGUUAAAAUGGUAUAAUUUUCACCUAUAGUUACCUUAAAAUUAAAAUCGCAAUGCAGCCCGUGUAUGAAAACAAAAACAAAUAAUGCUUGACAAAUAUGACAAAGAUUUUAACUUUUUUGGUCAAGUCGAGUUUGAUAAUUAUCUAAUUUAGCAUGUGUACCAAAGCGCUCGAUUAAUGCUUUAUAACAAAUAAGAAUAACUUGCGUUACCAUGCUAUCUGCAAAAAAACAACUAUUGUCACUAAAUUGCGAAUUCAACGGGCCGCUCCAAUUUUCAUUUAAAGUUGAAAGAAAAACAAAAUAUAUAUAUAGAAAUAAUUUUCCCCCUCCCCCUCAAAAUAUAUAACUUGUGUCUACAAGAUGUUAUUUCUACAUAUUCCCGUGUUUGUUUCUUUACUAAGUUAUACAUAUUAUUAUUAUUAUUUGGCAUUGGCUCACAUGUUAAUAUAAUGAUGCAAACAAAAGUAUGCAGUCUUCAACUGUAUGAAAUACUUCAUUUUUUAAACAUGGUAAAGUUCAUAGAAUAAUGUAUUGUGUUUAUAAUAAAACAUAAUAGCGUUUUACCAACACUCGAUGGUGAAUAUGUAUUCUUUCAGCUUUAUUAUUAUAAUUCCUUUUUAGUGAUACUUUCUAGUUUCUUUAUUUAUCAGUUAGUUUUCUAUUUCCAAUGUGUUUGCUCGUUUUUUGUUCUUAUGGCUCUUGUGUAUAUGAAUGUUUUGCGUGCAAUAAAGUAAUGACACAUAGCAAAUGUAGUAAAAUCUGCUUACCGUUUAUUAGGGUACCUAAAAUGAACAUUAUGCAUUACAACUUUAAGUGUGAACUCACCAUACUAUAUAUUCGUUGGACGUACAUAUGUUCACUCAGUCAUUAUGUGUUUCACAAAACAAAAAUGUCAAGGCUUAUCCACCGUAUUUGAUGAAAAAGCAAAUGUUUCAAUCGCAAAUGCAUAUGCUCAUGUACGUAUUCGGAAGUGAAUGAAAUUGCUACAGGACAACGCAUGUACGUGCUUUUUAUUGCACUGACAUUUCUAAACACUGAUAAAGGUUUACACAUUAAAGACCUUAUCGCGUUAAACAUUAUGAUUAUAAAAAU